GUUUUUUUGUUUUAUGCGUGAACUUUAAAAAAAUUUAAAAAGGACUUAUUUUCAUAAUUGGGGAAUUCCGUUAUUUCGAAAAAAAUGGCGAACGAUGGGUACUCAAAACAAACGAUUCAAUGGGCCAAUAGAUACAUUUUGUUCAAUAUUUUCGUGGUUUUAUACAUUUAUUUAUUCUUUGAUUCCAACUGGAUCAGUACUCUUUUUUCGGUGAUCAUCCCGAUUUUGGUUUGGGAACUUUUAGUUUUUGGAGUUCUGGCUCCCGAUGAGGUUUUUAUGGAUGUAUUUGGAGAAUAUAAUGUUCCGAUUGACAAUCGAAGAAUCGUAUCUCCAACUCAGUCAGUUCGCGAUGUUUUGGUUUCUUCUGGGGAUUGUGGAAGAGGAGGAGAACUUGCUGUUUUGUCAUAAUAUGGGAAUAUUUCUUGAUAUAAACAUUUUCAAUUA